UACAAGUUGGAAGGGUUUAAAAAUAAAAAAUAAAAACUAAAAAAUUAUUGUGCAUGUGCCAAAACAGGGUUCAUGGAUAAUUACAAUGAGAUCAGCCUCAUUGUAAGUUUUCUCACAAAUUUAGUUGAAUCACAAGCGAGUGCCCCUGAAUGCUGCCAAAUUUACUCUGACACUCUCUGUCUCUUUCUCUCUCCUCUCUCUCUCUACUCUGCUUUUCAUUGAAAAUCUCCAAAAACGCAGUGGUAGUAUUUGUGUGUGUUAAACCUCUUUCUUUCUCUCUCUCUCUCUAAGAUUUAUCCACAUUCUUAUAUGUCUAAUCUCUAUUCUGGUAAUAACAAAGCUAUUUCUCUCUUUGGAUUUUUCUAUUCUUUAUAGUCUUCACUGUACUUUCUCUCUCCUCUUUCUCUCUCUAAAAUGACGAUGGCAGAAGAAGGGUAGCAGCUUCCUCUUCUUCUUCCUCUCUGGAAUGGCACCGUCUCGUCGUUUCUGUGCAAAUGUCAGACUUCGCAUUGCAUAUUCUCUCUCUCCCCGGCGCAAUUCGUGAUCUCGUCUUUCCACAGCACUUCCACAUCUCAGGACUGAAACAUUUGGCCUCUUACCUAUAGAAGGAGACUAAUCAAUUGAUACAUGGAGCAGUAUGAUGUUCUAGAGCAAAUAGGAAAAGGGGCUUUUGGCUCUGCCCUUCUUGUAAGGCAUAAACUUGAAAAGAAGAAGUAUGUGCUGAAAAAGAUUCGUCUUGCCCGCCAAACUGAUCGGAGUCGUAGAUCUGCACACCAGGAGAUGGAACUUAUCUCCAAAUUUCGGAAUCCGUUUAUUGUGGAGUAUAAAGAUUCCUGGGUAGAAAAGGGCUGCUACGUAUGCAUUAUCAUUGGUUAUUGUGAAGGAGGAGACAUGGCAGAAGCAAUAAAGAAAGCAAAUGGAAUCCUUUUUUCUGAAGAGAAGCUUUGUAAAUGGCUUGUUCAACUCCUAAUGGCGCUUGAUUACUUACACUUGAAUCAUAUUCUUCACCGUGAUGUCAAGUGUUCAAAUAUAUUCUUGACAAAAGAUCAAGACAUACGCCUUGGUGAUUUUGGACUUGCCAAGAUGUUGACUUCAGAUGAUCUUACCUCCUCUGUUGUCGGAACACCCAGUUAUAUGUGCCCUGAGCUUCUUGCUGAUAUCCCUUAUGGCUCCAAGUCAGACAUUUGGUCUUUGGGAUGCUGUAUCUAUGAAAUGACUUCCCAUAAGCCCGCAUUUAAAGCAUUUGAUAUGCAAGCACUGAUCAACAAAAUAAAUAGGUCAAUUGUGGCACCUCUCCCAACUAAAUACUCUGGAACAUUUCGGGGUCUCGUCAAAAGCAUGCUGCGGAAAAACCCAGAGAUUCGGCCAAGUGCGGCAGAGCUUCUAGUGCACCCUCACCUUCAGCCUUACGUUCUAAAGAUUCAACACAAAAUUAACAGCCCCAGACGCAAUAGUUUAUCAGUCAACUGGCGGCCGGAAACCAACUACAUGAAAAAAACUAGAUUUACAGAGCCAGAAGAUGUUCGUCUUACCACGUACAGAGAGAAAAGGCAGUCAUUCAGCAAUGAUAGGACUUUGAAUCCAAGUGUAUCUGGAGCUGAGCAAGAUACAACAUUUGAUAAGAAAAUUACUCCAAAAGCUUCAGAUAUUGUCAAGGCUCCAAAAUUGACUCCAAGGAAUUCUCCUGCUACUCCUAAGAAACUAGCAGAGCUGUCAAAGAAUCGCGAAUCGUUUCAAGCUUCACGAACUCCAGCAAAAAAAGCUGUUCCCACAAAUCGUAGAGCAUCAUUGCCAUUUCCUACAAGAGCUGCAGUUGAAGGAUCACCUUGCACGCCCUAUAUUGGAAUUAACUCUCCGGAUGUUUCUGUCAAUUCCCCUCGAAUUGACAGGAUUGCUGAAUUCCCAAUGACCUCAUAUGAAAGUCCCUUCCUCCCUGUUCGUAGAACUUCAUCAACCUCUGCACAAGGCUCAAACUCACCACCACAAGGCGACCAUUCGAUCUUGAAGGAUAAAUGUAUGGUUCAGGUGUGCAAUAGAACCUUUGGCAGGCUGAGUUUCACCGAUGCUUGGCAGGGAAUGGAAGGCACGGCAUGCAAGUUGGAUGGGGAGGACAUUGGAAGUGAGGGCUCUAAUCAAAAUGCUACAGCCGGGGCAUCAAGUCGAACCUCAUCAGACUUGCGCCGCAGGCGAUUUGACACCUCAUCUUACCAGCAGCGAGCUGAGGCUUUGGAAGGGUUGCUUGAAUUCAGUGCAAGGCUGUUGCAAGACGAAAGGUUUGACGAAUUGGGGGUGUUAUUGAAGCCGUUUGGGCCAGGAAAGGCUUCUCCCAGAGAAACUGCUAUCUGGUUGACUAAGAGCUUCAAGGAGAACACAGUGAAGCAGGAAGAUCAAUGCCAAGAACACCUGACACAGGUACUUUAAUUGUUGCUGUAACAAAUUAUAGAGUUUACAGAUUUUAUUAUUGGCAUUGAGAUAGGCAAUAUGGAUUUGAUUUUCGGAAAAAGGGAAUGAAGGAAUAGGAUUUUUUUUUUUUUUGAAUUUGUAUGUAGGUAAUCUGACAUGGGCAUUUAGGAUUCUGUAGAGGCUACAAAGCAAAUGCCAGACUUCUUUUCUUUUGCCCGUUUUCUUAAUUCUGUGUUAUGUUUGGGAGCGCAAUACAUCCUCCAAAUUUGAAGGUGCUGAAUGAAAUUUAUGU